UCAAUUACGCCGGAAUCGCCGCCCAUCCAGAGUUCGGCACAUUCCACACACAUUCCUCGCGAUGGGGGACGUCCCCGAGACCCCCGGGUCUCACGCGACGCCGGCGAGGAGGACGUCGUACUUCCGUAGGAAAUGGCGCCGCGCCGCCGGGCUCGGCGAGAAGGCUGGCAAGGAGCACGGGAGAGACCAACUCUCCCGAUGGGACUCGGUGCGAAAGAGCGAGCUCAAGGACUACAACACCUCGUUUCCGAUGGUGAAUUCCCUGAAGAGCGGGGACCCGGUCGCGGUCGUUCUCUUCGCGCUGAUACUGUACAUCGUCACGUCGCGCUCCGCGGAGUACCUCCCCACCCUCGCCGCGGUGUUCUUCACGUUCUACGGCAGCCGAGUGUACUACAAGCUGCGACUGUUACGCGCGACGUCUCGCCUGAAAGCCGUGCACGACUCCGCGCUGCAGUGGACGCCGAUAUCCCCGACGGAGACUGCGAUUUAUGUGAACUGGACCGUCGCGUCGCUGUGGGAGGAGACGAUCGCGCCGAAAAUCACGAACAAGAUUCGGUCGCUGAUCACGAACAAGAUCCACGGCGUGAAGCUCCCGUGGUUCAUCGCGUCCGCGGCGGUGAAAGAGGUGGACCUGGGCGCCAACGCGCCGAAGGUUGGGAACUUUCAAGUCAUGCAGAACAAGUUCGGGAGGCAAGUGUGCGAGGCGGACAUCGCGUUCGACGGCGACACGCAGAAGAUCACGCUCAGGCUGGUGCUGAAGAAGCUCACGAAGCUGCCGUCGUUUUUAGGCGGCGCGAACCUCCAGGGCGGCGUGGACAUCACCGCGCACUCGCUGCUCAUCGAGGGACGGAUUCGGUACGUCCCGCUGGUGAAUCACCCGCUGUCGAUAAUUCAGUUCGCGGAGAUGCCGAAAGUGCGGUUCGACCUCGCGGUCAGCGGCGUGCCGAUGACCGCCAUACCGGCGUUGAAGCGGUUCGUGGGCGACAUCAUCUCCGAGGCGCUGGGAAGGAAGCUCAUGUUCCCGGGGGGAAUUCCCGUCGAGCUCGGGAGACGGGACGAGGUCGUCAAGCCGCGGCGCGGCGCGCUCGAGAUUAAGUUUAAUUGGGCGGAUCUGUGGAACGGAUGGAAGACAGAGAAAGAUAAGAACCUCAAGAAGACGGAGAAGAAGAGCGGACUCAUCCAUAAACUGAUGCGAAAGCGACAGUACGAGGAAGACGUGAGCCGCGGCGACGGCGACGGCGGCGACUCGUCCGACGCCUCCUCCGACGAGGGAGACGUCACCGACGUAGAGGAAGAGCCGAGCGGCGAAGACACUCUCAAAGUGAUGAAAGGCACGCUCGUGGAGCUCGUCGUCGAUAAAGAGAGGCCCCCGGGCGUUCCCGUGCGCGAUGGCCUCGUCGGCGCGAGCAGCUCGCGCAAGGGGCUGAUAAAAGACGUCGUCGUCGUCGACUCGAUCGAAGCGUUCGACGAGAAGUUCACGUUGUCGUUCCCGCUGACCGAUAAGUCGGAUAAGGUCUCCAUCUUAGUGCAUCACGGCGGGUACCUCGCGCACGGCGUCAUCGGAUUCAAGUGGUGCUCGCGAACGAUGCACACGCACUGUUGGAUCCACGCCCCGGUUAAGGACAUGAAGAUCGACACCAUGACGCUGAGCUCGUCGGAGAGCGCCAACGUGAUUCUCGGACUGCACACGCAGAGCGGCCCGAAGCACCCGACCGUGGGGUGCUGUUCUCUGGACGUUAAGUUCAAGUGGGAUCGGCACACGACAGUACAGAGAGCGUCCGUCGCCGGCGUCGCGGACGCGGCGUCGUCGGCGGGGGCAUCGCACAGCGACGGUAAGACGCCGGGCGCCGCGGCGAAAGAAUCCUCGCGCGGAAGAAGCAUCGCGGAGCGGAUCAGAAAGUCCACGAUUGGCGCGAUGAAGAAGGAGAGAGUCGGGUCGACGUGCGGGAUCCUUCAGGUGGACGUCGUCCGCGCGCGGAAUCUCCCCGUCCGCGACGCGGCGACCGGGACGUCGGACCCGUACGCCAAGCUGAAGAUGAACGGCCGCGUCGGGACGACCGCGGUCAGGGCCGGAACGCUGACGCCCGUCUGGGAACAUCGGAUGUUUUUCCCGGCGUUCCCGCCCGGGUUGAACGACCGCAUGGUCCUUCGCGUGUUCGACCGCGACGUGCAGUGGUUCUCCAAAGACGACUUCAUGGGCAGGGCGGACAUCGAGCCGGACGAAUUCCUAGACGGCGAGCUGCACAGCAAGUGGGUGAAGCUGGCUGCGUGCGAGAGCGGCGAGGUGCACUUGCGGUUCAAAUUCGCGCGCGGGGCGGUGGACGCCCCGCCCGGGGGGUGGGACGUCGAGGAGCACAUCACGGAGGCGCAGGCGCUGCAGAUGGAGAGAGCGUCCUGGGGCGAGGGGCGGACGAAGAAAGUCUCGCAGCUCAUGCUCGAGAGCAAAGUCGCCGCGCGCGACGGCGUGAUCUACGUCAAGUGCGUCGGCGCCGCCGACUUGCAAGUCGCCGACGUGCUCACGGGAAGCAGCGAUCCGUACCUCGUCGUCCGCUGCGGCUCCGCGCAGCACAAGACGAAGGUCAAGUCGUCGACGCUGAGUCCGAGGUGGGGCGAGACGUUCGAGAUCCCGGUCUCGCCGCUGCAGCGACUGUCCGGACGCGUGUUGUUCGAAUGCCGCGACCGCGACGCGAUCGGCUCCGAUGACUUUUUAGGCAACGCGACGCUGGAAAUUUCCGACGUCCCCGAGGACGGCGCGACGCAAGAGUACGCGCUGUCGCUCGAGGGCGUGGACCGCGGGAUGAUUCAGUGCGAGGCGUGGUUCAAACCGCUCGGGCCGCCGCUCGAUCUGGGCGAGCUCGCGAAGAGCACGCCGAUGAAGCUGGGGAGGCUCGAGUCGGGCAAGGCGGGGAGGAGUCUGAUUAAAGGGAGGCAGAGGAAAACGCGUCAGACGGGGAGGGCGGGGUGCUGCGGCGCGCGACGACGCCACGUGGAUGCUUCGUGGGGCGACGACGACGGAGAGCACAAAAACCCGGGGUUCUAUGAUAACUCGUAGACGUGCGGGAGAGAUAGAAGACGCGCGCGAUGGCGUCGUGGACGUAGUCUGAGUAACAUAACACGCGUUGAACGAGUCGGCACCGCGGCG